AUGUACCUCUUGAAAGACACUCGAUCUUUGGACUUCUUGUCCACGAAUUCUCUACAAACCAAUUCAUUGCUUCCACCGGAAUGCAGUUCUGAUUCGAUUUCUGUGAAAUCGAACAUUGCUUCACCGGCGAAAAGAAAGAAUUCCGCUCACUCGUUCAAUUUCCGCUUUUGGCGUCAAAGAGACAAAGAAUUCACUGCAGGCGUUGGACGUCCAGGUCUUGCAAGAGAAGCUCGAGAAGCCGUUCAAAAAGUCAUUAGUACUGCUAAUCCAAUUCGAAAGCCACCAAUCUCUGCACCGAUUGAUUACGAGAAAUUUGUGCGCGAGAAGAGUAUUUUUUUGGAAAACGAUCCACAAAGAGAAUUGGUGCUUUUUCCGAGAGAUGACAUUGAGCAAACGACUCGUGAAGUCAUCCCGAAAACCGACGUUCCAUCGGCGGUUGAGUCGGAUAUUGAGAGAGCGAGAUGGUUGUUGACAAAAGAAGCAUUACGGAUCUAUUCCGCACCGUACAACGUGCUUCGAUUGAAUUACUCUCGUUUCUCUGGCGAUUAUGAUCUGAUAUCUGAUAGCUCGAUUAUCGAUGGCGAUAUGGCUUUAUCAUCACUGGUUUUUGAGUCGGAUUUAGCGGCCAGUGAAACAAGAGCGACUCGUGAAGGCUUUUCUCUGACUGACACGAUCAAAGAGGGAUGGCUUCUCAUUGUGAAAACCGAUCCAACUCUUCUUGACAACUUGAAAGCCGAAAAGAAACGUUUUUGCUCGUUGAAAAAGUUGAAGGAUGGGGAAAUUGUGUUUGAGAUCUCAAAAGGACCCUCUUUAACACCAACAACUCCAGCAAUUCGUGUCAACGCAGCUCAAGUAAAACGCUCGAAGAAAGACAAAGUUGUUCUGGAGAUUCAAAAAUGUUUGGAAGAAGACGGUAACGAGAAAGACCGAUCAAUGUGUUUCACUACAGCUGACUCCGAUGGAGGGAGUGUGCUUGAGGAAUGGCACACAGCUGUGAAUUUAGCCGUUUCCCUCAAAGACAAAGAUGUCGGCAAAUCACAGCCAUCUCUGUCGGAAAACGAUGGAAAAAGCGGAAAACACGACGCAUCGCUUGAUUCGGAAAGCAUUCACAGCGAAGAUAGUGGCGGGUCACAAAACCGUGACGGUGGCUACUGGCGUGGUCGAACGACAACGAUUCGCGCUCUUCAACCACCGAUUGUUGAAAGGAGGAAUUUGUUCGCUCUUUACAGUAAUUUAACGCCACUCAUCGAGCCGAAAGGUGAAACCUCAACUCUGAUGGCGCCGAGGAGGUGGAGCAGCAAUUUCUCGAAUGAGCCGAUCACUCCCGAUGAGCCACCAAUCUCAACACCGACAAAAUCUAGUGUGAUUUUCGGUGUAAAAGUCAACUUCAACCAGGAAAGGCAAUUGAGUUUUUUGAUUCACCUGAAGAAUUUUGAUCUACGAUUGCCUAUCUCGCCAACGCAAAUGGAACAGAUUGAGCCAUUCUUUCUUCGAUUGUUUCUUUUCGAUGUGGUGACAGGGAAACGAGCAAGUGAAGAGUUCCACGUUGAUCUCAAUUCGAAUGAUUUGAGCACUUUGUGGAAAAUCAAUCGGGAAAGAAGGCCAAGUGGCUCGAAGCGUCUUGUCAACAGCAUUCCGAAUGAAUUGAUCACAAACGGAAUGGCCAAGCAAAUCAUUUCCUCAUUGCCGUCACAAAAUAAAAACAUUUGGAUUAUCGUGCGGAUCGAUCGGAUAUUGAGUCCCGAUGUUCAGGGAGAGCUCUACAUGAAGACAGCCGAUCCGAAAGCUGUGCUGAAGCUUCAGAAAACCGUUUCAGCUGCCUGCUCAAGGCUGGGCACCUUUAGGGCUCGUUUUGCCUGGGCUGCUAGACCACUCUACCUGGAUACCAGCAUAGGAGCCACUCAAUUCGAAACCAUUCCAAUAUUUCGAUGUGAGGGAAACAAAUUGCCUGAAAUUGAUCUACAAAAGCAUUUACAAGAAUACUCCAAACUCGAAAAGAUCAACAAGUUGACCAUUCCGGGCGCAUCGAUCACGAUCUCUGUGGAGUUCAGUCCAAAAGUCGAGACACUUCCGUUCCGUGUCUCGCCAUCUCUUCUACCAUUGAGACCUUGGAAGUCGCCAAAAGAUUCCCCAUCAUUACCCGUCUUUUAUCUCCAAUCAUUCGGCAAUCAAACAGUCGAGCCAUACUCGGAUCUUGUCAAUCUACUCUAUGUGUAUCCAUUGAGAUUAAAAUAUGAUAAUCAAAAGGUUUUCGGGAAAGCGAGAAACAUUGUUUGUUCGGUGAAGUACAUGCGUGCUGGGCAAGUGAUGGAUGGAGCAAUAAUUGAUCGUCUCUCCGUGAACGGUCCCUUCCUUUCACAAGGCCAUUGCUGUGUCCAACAUCAUCAACAAUAUCCCACUUUCUGUGAGGAAAUCAAAAUGCGACUUCCACUUUCACUCGAAUCCUGUGAUCACCUUUUGUUCUCAUUUUCUCACAUCUCUGUAGCCGGUGUCACUAAUGCAAAGAGUCCAUCAGAAUCUCUUGAAAGUCCCGUUGGAUAUGCUUGGCUACCGCUAUUGACAAAGAAAGAUCGGCUUACUUUGGAGUCAGAAGAACAGGAAUUCAAUCUACCGGUGGCUGUCGAUCUUCCAUCAAACUACUACAACUAUUUCCCAUCAGCUGCAGUAAAGGAGGAAGGCUUAGACAUUAAAUGGGUUGAUGCAAAACCACUCUUCAACAUCCGAUUACGACUUAUUUCAUCAGCUUUUACAACGGAACCCAAAUUGCACACGUUUUUCCAGGCCUGCGAGAAAUUCAACAAAUUCUCCAGCGAUGAGAUGAGUACUAGCACAACAAAGUCAACCGAUUCUCCAAGAUCUUGCUCACCACUAGCCAGAGCACCGGACAAUGAUCGACAAAUCAAUCGAGAACUUGAAACUCGUUUACAAAACCUUUGUGCGAUUGACACAGCUCAACUCCUUCCAUAUCUACCGGUUCUUCUUAGAAGACUACUCUACCUUUUGCCUUUUUCAUCCACUAACUCAUUGGCCAUUUCAACUUUAAGCUCACUUGUCGCAAUUUGUGAAAGAUUAGUUGCAUCUGGACAUCGAAGAUUUCUACGAAAAUUCCUUCGAAUUCAUUGCGAUGAGCUUGACAAGGGUGAAGAGAGCAUUCACAAUGCAAUUGUCAAAUAUUUGCCGGCUUUCCUUCAACGUGUCGGAUCUAUCGAAGAGCUGGCAUCGGUUUUCCGGCAAAUGUGGUUUCUCCUUGAUGUCAUCUCGAAGACGAUGGCUCAGUUCAUCAUGAGAAUGGGGCAUUUCAAGAAUCCAAGAAACGAGCGGGUGCCUGGUGAAUUGAUCGAUCAAAUCACGGCCUUCGUCGAGACACUGAUCCCAUUGAUGAUCGCAAAGCACAAAGAGUUCCCCGAUGAGAGUCGACUAGCAAAUACAGCGCUGGCAAAUUUCUACAAGUGUUGUCUCUCAUUGAUUGAUCGAGGAGCCGUCUUUCGGUGGAUGCAUUUCACUGUGCUCAAAUUAGAUGAAUCGGACUUGAGGAUAAUGAGAGAGUUCAAAUUGGAUCUCUUGUCAAUCGUCUGUCAACACGAGCACUUUCUCCCACUUUCAUUGCCAACGUUGAUGGAUCGAAAAAACACGAUUCAACGGAUAAACUAUCAGAGCAAUGCGCAAGAUGCUACAACAGUGAAUGCGGGUAACACCGCCGGUUUCCUUUCUCGUUUCAUCACUCAACUCUUUCAAACGCCAUCAAUUGGAGAACAGAAUGAAAUGGAUCGAUACGCUCUUUGUCUGGAAGAGUUCUGGCUGAGUGAAGGAUACUGCAAUCGUCAUUUCCCUAUCGGAAUCUUGUUUCAGGAGCUUUACGAGUGUCUCCGAGAAUCCCGAGACUAUCGAAGAAAGCCGAUUUCACUCGUGAGAAAUCUCCUCGCAAAGCACAGCAUUGACAAUCGAUAUGCGGAAACGAAUAUUCAACGUCGCAUUGCUGUUCUUUACACUCCGAUUCUUCGCUUUGCAAUCGAUCAUCUAACAGAUUUGGAGACUGUUGUUGAAAGGACGCAUGAUGAAGGCUGGUUUGCUUCAGCGAAAUGGCGUUCGCUCGAUCGUCGAAGUGUCAUCACAAUUGAGACACUCCGAGCCAAUGGUCCUUACUUACAAACGAGUGCCCGUGAGAACGCACCACAAAUCGCUCCGCUCACUGAAAAGCUAGAUGUGGAAGAAGUGAAAGAUUUAUUGGUUUCUGUUCUCUGGGUGAUCCAUCGCUUGCCGGUUAGAAUUCUUGGAUUGCUCUGGUCGGAGUAUGAGGAGAAUGAUUCGAUGAAGUUUUUGAGACUCUUGGAAUUAAGCUUAGAAGUGUUCAGCUACAAGACUCGGAAUCAACCGCUCUCCACGAAUAGCUAUAAAAAUCGAAACACGAUGCGUCCAACCUCGUUAAGCUCAUUUGGAAACUUUCAAACGUUUGAUGGUUUUGAAGAUUUUGACACCAAAAGCACACUUCCAUUUGGUGCAUUGCAAAUCUUGAACUUGAGCCAAGAAGUCGCAAUGAUUGUACUCGACACGAUGGACACCGUUUUGAGAGAGUUAGCUGGUAAAUGGCACGGUGCGAACACUUCCUCAACGUGGGAGAAACGAUUCCGAUAUCUGUUGACAAUCCAUCUCAACCUGUUAGACCUUCAUUGGCCGGAAACCGUUCGGCUGAACACGUUGGCCUCACUGGGAGCGUUUAUCAAUCUGUUCCGUCCUCGCCUCUUCGAAACAGGAUCUCUUGACGCACUUUCGUUGCUAAUCGAGAAGUUAUUGCUUCAAAUGGCCUCCCGAUUGAGCAGUAUUCAAACAUCAGCCGCUGCAUUGCUUCAAUUCGUACUCCGAGCCGGCUAUGAAACGGCACAAGCAGCACUUGCCAACGAAGCUCUAUCUCACUCGGUGGCUCCAUUGUCAAAAGUGAAUGGAAUAGCAAAACGAGAGAUUCAAGCAGCUGAAAGAUUGGGCAGACCAGGCAGUCAAGCGGGUGUAGCACUGGCAAGAUUACUUGGCUCACAACAGGGAUUGUCAGGAUGUUUGGGAAGAUUUGAGCGAGGCCUUGGCUGCCUUGAAUCUUUAAUUCCAAGAGAUGACAAGAAGAGUGGACCAUUUGAGAGUGCUGUAAAAGAGCUUGUCAAGCAACUCCGUGGUGUCCUCGAAGCGACUAGUGCUCUCAUUCCGGCCAAGAACGAUCCGGUUAAACUAGCUGAUUUGCACAUUCAACUUGCUGACAGCUAUCGUGGAUCCGCGGCUUAUCGAUCUCUUUGGUUCGACGCUCUUGCAGAGGUGCAUUCCACUGGAGAUUGGCAUUCAGAAGCUGCUGUCGCAUACGCUCAUUCAGUGGCGAUCAUCGCAAAAGAAUUAGCAACAAAAGGUGUGAUUCUCAACCUUGAUUGGUCAGUUUUGGACUGGGUUUCUUCAACAAUCGCGAGUGAGGAAGGUGUUCGUGGUUCCAGCUUUGAAGUGGUGCAACCAGCUGAAUUCACUCUGGAAAACUUGACCUCAAAGAUUGACAAAUGUUGCCGCGAGUUGACGCUGGCUGAACGAUUUGAAGCGAUUGGACCAAUCUAUCGACUGUUGAUUCCGACUUUGGAGAGAAACAAGAAUUACAAUCUUCUUCGUUCCGUGUAUGCUGAGCUGAAUCAAUCAUCAUCUCGAGCUCUCGAAGCAUCAACAAGUGGAAGGCGACAUUUGGGCUCUUACUUCAAAGUCGCCUUCUUAGGAUUGAGUCAUUUUGGAAAAGAUCUCCAUCAAAGCGAAUGGAUCUAUCGAGAAGCCGGUUUAACUUCGCUGGCUGCUGCAAGUUGUUCCCUCCAAGAAUAUUGUCGGCAACUCGUCGGACACGAUCGAAUCAAGAUUGAGCCUGAGAAAGAAUGUGAUCUCUCAACUCUCGAUGCAACUUUUGCUUAUGUUUAUAUCACUCAUGUCGAGCCAAUGUACGACGAUGAGAAGGAUAAGCUCAACUUUGAUGUUCACACGAAUUGCAGAACAUUUGUCUACGAGAGUCCGAUUGUGGAGGAUGGAGAUUGGGAUCAAAAGAGCGAGCCUCCUCUACAGAAACAAGGACUCCGAAAGACGAUAAUUACAGUGAUCGGUUCUUUCCCAAGCAAUCGACGACGUUUACCGAUCGAUAAGAGUAAACGACAAUUUGUGACACUAACACCGUUAGAGUUUGCAUCACAAAAGUUGAAGACAAAGGCUAGACAAAUCGCUCGAAUCCUUGAUUUGGCUGAAGAAGGGCGACAACUUGACAUAAAAGGACUUCAACUAUUGCUUCAAGGAGCUGUCAUGCCAACUGUAAAUGCUGGUCCUCUCGCCUACGCUGAGGCUUUCUCGCAACCAGAUCAACAAGAGCGAUAUGGAAAGGAGAAAAUGGAGGAAUUGUGUGAUGCUUUUAGAGAGUUGAUGAAAGCUUGUGAACGAGGAUUAACAGCAAAUGGAAGUGCUGUUGGACCGGAUCAACAGAAAUACCAUGAAGUGCUGGUAAGCAGCGCUGAAGCAAUGGUCGAACGAUUGACCGGGUACUUUGGAGAAUCGUUCCGUCGGCCAUUGGAAGAAAAGCCUGAUUUCCCGCGCUCAACGAUUCAUAUUCUGGACACGAUCAGUGGAGUCAACGCU